AUCUGUAUAACGCAUACAAGGCAUAUAAAGAAACGGACACCGCCUCGCGCAAGCUUCCGCCCCGACACGGUUUCCCGUGAAGUAUGAAAUAACCGUGUCAGAACUUUGUUGUUGCUGUUGUCACCUCGAGACAACCAGUAUGUCUCUGUUCAUGCGGAGUAUGUGACGAACUUAACGCAGCAUCUUUACACGGAGGCGCGCGCACCUUUAAACGCAGAUACAGAGAUUCCUCUGUAGAGCCGGAGCCAUGGGGACAGUGAGCGAACUAUGCAUCUCGAGCUUUCAGGCUUUCUUGCGUCCAGAAGUUCCCACACCCCAACAAACACCAGUGCCAGACGACCUCACUCCAGAGGAGCAGCAAGAGCUGGAGAAUAUCCGCCGGCGCAAGCAAGAGCUGCUGGAGGACAUUCAGCGGCUGAAGGAUGAGAUAGCAGAAGUGACCAAUGAGAUUGAAAACCUGGGGUCCACUGAGGAGAGGAAAAACAUGCAGAGGAAUAAGCAGGUGGCCAUGGGCCGCAAGAAAUUUAACAUGGACCCCAAAAAGGGGAUCCAGUUCCUCAUCGAGAAUGACUUGCUGAAGAAUACCAGUGGCGACAUCGCUCAAUUCCUCUACAAAGGCGAAGGCCUCAACAAAACAGCUAUUGGAGAUUACCUUGGAGAGAGAGAUGACUUCAAUGUCCAAGUUCUCCAUGCUUUUGUUGAGCUUCAUGAAUUCACAGAUCUCAACCUGGUGCAAGCCUUGAGACAGUUUCUGUGGAGCUUUCGGUUGCCAGGAGAGGCCCAGAAGAUCGACCGCAUGAUGGAGGCCUUUGCUCAGCGUUACUGCCAAUGCAACCCUGGUGUUUUCCAGUCCACAGACACCUGUUACAUCCUCUCAUUUGCCAUCAUCAUGCUAAACACCAGCCUCCACAAUCCAAAUGUGAAGGACAAGCCAACUGUGGAACGGUUCAUCUCCAUGAACAGAGGCAUAAAUGAUGGAGGAGACUUGCCUGAAGACCUGCUCAGGAAUCUGUAUGACAGCAUCAAGAAUGAACCUUUUAAAAUUCCAGAAGACGACGGCAAUGACCUCACACACACUUUCUUCAACCCAGACAGAGAGGGCUGGCUGCUGAAACUGGGGGGGCGAGUAAAAACCUGGAAGAGGAGGUGGUUCAUCCUCACAGACAACUGUCUUUACUACUUUGAGUACACCACAGACAAAGAGCCCCGAGGAAUCAUCCCACUGGAGAACCUAAGCAUCAAAGAGGUGGAGGAUAAGAAGCCUAACUGCUUUGAGCUUUUUAUCCCCGACAAUAAGGAUCAGGUGAUAAAAGCGUGCAAAACUGAGGCUGACGGACGGGUUGUCGAGGGCAACCACACCUUCUACCGCAUUUCUGCCCCCACUGCUGAAGAGAAAGAUGAAUGGAUGAACAGCAUUAAAGCUGCCAUCAGUAGGGACCCCUUCUACGAAAUGUUGGCUGCCAGGAAGCAGAAAGUGUCAUCCAUGAAGAGGCACUAGAACUGCUCAGCUCUCCUGACAUUGCACUUGAAUGAGCAGGGGAUUUGCUUGCUCUGUCUGGGCUAGUGCAGAUUCCACGGUUAAGGUCUGCCUCAGAACUUUCUAAAGGAUUGCUUAAGGACACAUCCCAGGACAGGCUUUUGGACUCCACGGGAAGCAUGCCAGGGUUUUUAGUUCCGAGUCAGGGUUAAAGCCUUUCUUACCUCCUCUCUGAAUGUCCCCUUUCACUCACAGCUUUGUAUGUUCUUUUUUUCUUAGGCAGGGAGGGAAUUUGCUGUUAAUCUGAGCAAAAUCCUGCUUGAAGAUGCUUUAAAAAGAACAGUCUCUUUAGACUUUGUACAAACAGAUGACAUGCAAACACUCCUGCAGGCGCCCGUUGCACUCAUCGUUCUUACUCAGCAGGUCUGACCGAGUGUGGCACCCCAACCAAAAUAUUCCUCAUUGUCUGAAAGAAAAGCCAUGAGCUUUUCAGAUGUGCUUUAAUAUGUUUUGGUAUUAUGUGUCUAUUUUUACAGCUUUUACUAUUUAAUCCUCCUCCUUGUUGGUUAGCUUUUGUAAAAUAAAAUGGUCUUUCAGCAGAUGCUGCAGAGAGGCCAUAUUGGUAGGAAGGUGGGAGAAAUUUGCCAACUGAUAGAUCUUUUAUAGAAAUAAAGAAAACAAACACUUUUCUGUUACAAAGAAAAAAGAGUUGCCACUCAGGAGAUUGCUUUAAAAAAAAAAGAACUCAGUUUGCUUGUCGGGUUGACUGGGAUCAUCAGGUGCUCGACAAAUGCUCAUCUUAGACUGAAUUAAUUGUGUAAAUGUGAAUCUGAAGUGUCUGUCUGGAUGGGGGUCUCCGUGUUGGAUUUAAGUCUCAAAGCUUACAUCCUGAAGACUCUAGAGAUUCAACUUGAGGAUUAAUGUCUAUAAAAAGAUGAGCAUCUUUAUCACCUUGGGCUUCUGAGGUCUUAGGAUGUCUGGAAAACACAAGUGUAGCCCCCCUUAUAGUUUCCUCCCCACACAUUUCUAUCCUUGUUUGUCUCAAACACAAGAUCACUUACUAUUAUUGUAUCAUACAAAAAAAAACUUUAAAUGUUUAGAAAACUUCCUUUACUGCUGCACAGUGCCUGGCGCUCUACUGUAGAUUAAGUGUGAUGAGAAUUGCUGCUGGUUAGCGAGUGUGAUUUUUUUUUUCUCUCUCUCUCUCUUUAUAGAUUUUCCUUCACAAGCCAAGUUUUUCUUUGUGUCUGCCUUUCAUACCCAUGCUCCAUUUAGUUUCCUUUUUAAUUGUAAA